UUGGUGCCCCUGUAUUAGGGGCAACUAGCCUAGACAGGCUCAAGUGAGAGGAGUAUUCCCCUUAAAAUGAUUCUCACAGCCUGAUUUCCCUCAAGAUUGAAGACAUUUUCAGUCGUGUUUUCUUCUCCCCCUUUUUUACCGCUUUUAAAAAAUAUCUCUUGCUGCCGAAUGUCAUUUUCUUUUUCUGCAUUAUAUUUGCAGAUCCCUUUCUGUAUUUUUUUUUAAAAAAAUUUAGUUUGUUAACUUGUGAACCACGCAGAGGACUUUUGUCGUUAGGGGGCAUAUGAAUGAAUAAUGGAGAGAAAUAACAAACAAACAAACAAAUAAACAAAUGAUGGGAAGAACCACGUUGAGAAAUAGGGAGCGAAGAUGGCAGCAGCUUGCGGCAGCGGCAGCUUGAAGGGCUUGGGCCAGCUUGCGCGAAGGGGUCUCCUGGUCUCCCUGGGGGCCGGGGGCCGGGCCCGUUGCAUCGCCUCCUCCGGUGCAGGCAGCUGUGGGCGAGGCUGGCCCGGGACAGGGAGACCCCUUCUGCUGGGGGCAGCCUUUGCCCUUGGGGGCGCCUUUGGCGCUUACCGGACCCUCCAGAGCCGCUUCCAAGGCCAGCAGCAUCUCGCCGAGCAAGAGGCAGCCAAGCUCCCAGGGGACAACCUGCAGUUGACCCUCUACCAAUACAAGACCUGCCCCUUCUGCAGCAAGGUCCGAGCUUUCCUGGAUUAUCAUGGGCUGCCUUACGAAGUCGUGGAGGUGAAUCCAGUCAUGCGGCGGGAGAUUAAGUUCUCUGCUUACAGGAAGGUGCCCAUUCUCCUUGCCAGCGCUGGAAGCACACUGCAAUUGAAUGACUCUUCCGUGAUCAUCAGUGCAUUUAAAACCUACCUCAUUUCCAGAAAGAGUUUGGACGAGAUCAUGUCAUACUACCCUGCUAUGAAAGCCACCAAUGACCGGGGCAAGGAGGUGGUUGAGUAUGGCAACAAAUACUGGCUUAUGCUGGAUGAAAAGGAGACUCUGAAUGUUUAUCCUGCCAAGGAAGCAAGAGUGGAGGAAAUGAAAUGGAGGCAGUGGGCGGACGAUUGGCUUGUGCACCUCAUCUCACCCAAUGUUUACCGCACGGCUGGUGAAGCCCUGGCAUCUUUCGACUACAUUGUGCACGAGGGCAAGUUUGGCACAGUCGAAGGCUUCUUUGCCAAAUAUGUUGGGGCUGCUGCGAUGUUCUUCAUCAGCAAAAGGCUAAAGGCCAGGCACCACCUGCAGGAUAAUGUCAGGGAAGACUUGUACAAAGCAGCGGACGACUGGGUGAAAGCUGUCGGCAAGCACAGGAUGUUCAUGGGUGGAUCCCAGCCAAACCUUGCAGAUUUGGCGGUUUAUGGAGUUUUGCGCGUCAUGGAAGGCCUGGAAGCUUUUGAUGACAUGAUGACCCACACCAUGAUCCAACCUUGGUACCGUCGUAUGGAGGCAGCCAUUGGGCAGUCUAGAGUUGCCAUUUGAUGUCACACAGUACUCCAGAUGCUAAAGACAACCCUUACAUUGUCCAGCUCAUAAAGCAAAGCAGGAUUUUUUUACAGCCAAAAAGGGUGUGUGGAAUAAGUGCCCACCACCAAAGCGGUAUUGGAGAAAGCAGUGAAACAUGGCACAUGGAGUUUUUUUUAAGGAAGAAUUAAGGGUAUCUUACUUUCUGAGUGAAUUUUGAUUGUAAGGCCCUUACUAGGCCCUUCUGCUUUGGGAUUUGACUUUGUUUUUCCAAGUGUCUAAAACAACCUUGUCUGCCUGCAAAAUAUUUGCUUGGUCCUGGAGCAGGUGGAAGAAGUGAGUGUUUUGCUAGGGGUUCAUUCUGCUGGUGGGAAAGAGUGUGCUCGUUUGCAGGACACUAAGUCCUUCUGUUGUUCAGAGUGAAUAGCCACACUCUAAUUGCUUUUCUCUGUGCCCUGCAUAGCAUGUGGGACCUUCUCCAUGACCAGACAGUUGACCCAGAGCGGGUAACACAAACAAAUAAAGAACAAUUAUGAAAUAGUGUGCAAUAUUUAUCCGAAGCAGGUGCAGGGAUAAUGACAUUCUAAGAAAGAAUGACAACAGAAGAGCAUUACACUCCUGCUACCCAUCAAAGGGAUCUGUCAGGAUUUCCAAAUGAAAGGCAGUUCCUUUUUAAAUAAUGUGUGGUUUGUAAAAUGUGACGAUGGCACACAUCUGUGAUGUUCUGCCACAUAAAAGAUUGUCUCAUGUGGCAUGUUAAUGUUGGAGAAGGGUUGUAAAGUGUGAAGCAGCUCUCGCACUUAGGAGGAGCACAUGCAAGUUCUGUUCUUAAACCUGUUCAACAGACACGGCUCACUUUGCAAAGCCUGGGCAAAGGGUUUCAGUUACUUACAGUAGUUCUUUAGAGGGAGAGGGGGAAGAAAGGGGGGUACAAGUAACAGCUCAAUUUAAAACUGGAUUAAGUUUGUAGACUAGAGUUUCUUCAAUGUAAUUUGGCCUUUAUUCGAGUCGGAGGCAUACCUUAGGGUCCCUUGCACCCUUGGCAAGGAGCUGUCUUGGCACCUCCCCCCAGGAAAAAAAACACUUUACUGCAAUAGCCACAUGACAAAUUCCUAUAUUUUUAUGAGACCCAAGUACUCAAAACAUCUAGAAGAAGGGUGAAUCAAGGAGGAAGGGCAAAAGGUGUGAGAGCACACGCAUGUACACCAUACACUCCAUAGUCUGAUGGGUGAUUUUUGCACCUGCAGCCCUGGUCAGGGCUGGUUUCAUCAACCCUUGGGUACACCUCUGAUUCCAGUGGGACUAAAUUAUUUGAUGUGAAUAAUUGAGUUUAGGCUGCAGUCGUUUGCAUGCCUAUGGUUGUGGUCAGUUACGUUCUACUCAGAGAAGACCCAUUGAAAUUAACCUACAUUAGUCAUAGAAUUAUAGAACUGGAAGGGCCCUGAGGGUCAUUGAGUCCAACCCUCUGCAAUGCAGUCCUGUUCAUUCAUUUCAGUGGGUCUACUCUGAUUAGAACUGAGUUGGAUACAACCUAUAGUAUAUGGGAGCAAGCACCACCGUGUGCAGUAGGGCUUACUUUCAAACAAAUGCACACACAAGGUUGUGCUGCUGUUGGCACAUGCUCUGCUUUUUCAGCCUGAUCCCAAAUCAUUUUGGGAUUGCAACCCUGGAUACGUACUCUGGUGUAGCUUCGCUGCAAAAUUCAGAUAUGCAAACUCUGCCUUGGAUAAAAGUAUUGGUGUCAGUUGGGCUACUUGGAAAUAAAGGGCUUAUUUUGG